UUUUUCUCGAGAAAAGUACCACCCACGCAGGGUGCGAAUAAAAUUGCGUGGGAUUUAUUUACGUAAACGGGAGGACAAAUAAAAUUAGGGGAGAAAAGCGAGAUCAACCACAACUUCGCCUCUUUUAGACCGGUAGGUUCAAAUUUUACUAAAAAGAGAUAUCCUCAAGUAUUUUUAUCUUCGUUCAACCAACACAACCUUCAGAUUUAUCCUCUUCAUUCUCGCCUCAAAACUUUAACAUUUCCGCAGCAUCUGUAACGUCAAAAUCGUUGUGAAACGUCAGUGUUUAAAUCAUUUUAUUCAGUUGUAGGUUAGGAUCGUGCGCGAGUGUAACAUAUGCAACAUUUUCUUUUUCCAACUCGCUCAAUUAAGUUCUGUAUGUGCUGGUGAUAUACCAUGAGGAAAUACAUGAACAUUUUGACUUUACUUUCUGUGAUAUCAGCUACUCGACCUUUAUUAUUAGCAGAAGCCAGGAGUUCUCAUCAACCUCAACGAUUAUCCAACACUCAACUUUCAUAUUUAACAAAUUUAUCUAACGUAACUCAUUUGAACGAUCUCCUCGAUAAUAUUUGCAUACCGAGGGUUGUGGGUACAAAAGGCCACAAUAAAGUGUUCGAUUACAUCAUUUCGCAAUUAAGCGCCCUUGGAUUCGACAUAGCCAUCGAUAAAUUUGAAGAGAGGACUCCGACUCAUGGAACAUUAACGUUCCGGAAUAUUAUUGCAAGUUUAAAUCCGGACGCCGAAAGAUAUUUGGUUCUAGCUUGUCACUAUGAUAGUAAAUAUUUUAAGGAUUUUGAUUUUAUUGCUGCGACGGAUUCAGCGGUACCAUGUGCGAUGUUAAUAAAUCUCGCAACCGUAAUGAAACGGGAAUUAUUACAAUCGGUAACAAGAACCGAUUUAAGUUUAAAAUUGCUGUUCUUCGAUGGAGAGGAAGCGUUUAAAGAUUGGGGCCCAACCGAUUCAAUUUAUGGAGCAAGACAUUUAGCCCAACACUAUGAAAAUCAAGAAACGUUGUUAAAAAAUGGAGAAAGAACGAAUGAACUAAAUAAAAUUGAUGUUUUGGUUUUGUUGGAUUUACUUGGUACUGCAAAUCCUUCGUUUCAUAGUUAUUUUCCGGAAACGGAUGGGUUGUAUAAAAGAUUGAAUGUUGCCGAGAGGAGAUUAGCAGCUUUGGGGUCAUUACAAAAAUAUAAUAAAGGAAGACCGAGGUAUUUCCAAGAUAGACAAGUUCAAGCGCAAAUCGAUGAUGAUCAUAUGCCAUUUUUAAUAAGAGGUGUUCCAAUUCUCCAUUUAAUUCCAUUACCGUUUCCGAGAUGUUGGCAUAAACCUUGUGAUGAUCGAAGCAUUGUUGAUUUAUCAACCGUGGAGAAUUUGAAUAAAAUCCUGAGGGUGUUCGUCGCCGAAUAUCUUCACCUGUCAGUAAAAUCUUCUUGAUUCGUUGCACCUCAAAUGUGACGUCCCAAAAAAAAAUUUCAGUUCUAGAUGACGAUGACUUCCAGGAACCAGUGGGGCACGAGGAGUUGUGACUUCCCGUGUUAUUAUUCUUGCAAGAGAUGUUACGAAAAGUAUGUAUGAUUUUGCAAAACUGAAAAUAAUAGAUACAAAAGAUCAUUAUUUAUCAUUCGCUACCGUAAAUGUUAUUGUAUUUUUGUAAAUGAAUGUAUUAAUUUAACCGUUUCAAUCACAACUUAAAAUCCGACAGGGAAAGUGUUAAAACUUAUAAGAUGAAAUGUGUUGUAAAUUAAAUAUUAUAUAAAAUGUGUUUAUAUUUAUAAUAAUGGUUGUUGGGUUAUGUAAUAACGUUGUCUCUUGAAUGUGUGAAAUAAAUAUUAAAUGACUUUUAAAUUACACAA